AUGCCGACGGAGCAACGCGGCUCCACACGCCCGACGCAUCGGCUUCUCCAGACGCGCGAACGCCGACGUUGGCGCCGUAUCUUUGGUCAUGGAGGCGCCGGGCAUGAGGGCCCCCCCUACCCCCCUCAGAGCGCCGGCCUCGGCGGCACGCCAACCAACUCGGCCGACACGCCCGUCUCGGCCGUCUUCAUCGCGCUCUUCACGGUCUCGGCAGUCCUCAACAUGACCAUCUUCCAGCGCAACCGGCGCAGAGGCCACAAGUUCGUCCUGUCGGCCGUCCUCUUCGGCUUCUCCAUGGCCCGCAUCGCCGCCAACGUCAUGCGCAUCGCCUGGGCCAACUUCCCGCACGACGUGCAGGUCGCCAUCGCCGCCAACAUCCUGUCCAACGCCGGCGUGCUGCUCCUCUUCAUCGUCAACCUCGUCCUGUCGCAGCGCAUCCUGCGCGCCCACCAGCCUCGCAUCGGCUGGAGCGCCGCCGCCUCCCUCGCCUUCAAGCUCCUGUACGCCGCCGUCGCCGCGCUGCUCGUCGCCGUCGUCGUCUCCACCGUCUGUGGCUUCUACGCCCUCGACCCCGGCGUCCGCUCCCGCCUGCGCGACGUCCAGCUCGUGGCCACCACGUUCCUCGCCGUCCUCGCCUUCCUGCCGAUUCCCAUCGUCGCCCUCGCCGCCCUGCUGCCGCGCCACGGCGCCCCCGUAGACCACUUCGGCAAACCGGCCGCCAUGAGGACCAACAUCCUCCUCGUGCUGUUCACCACGGCCCUGCUGGCCUUUGCCGCCGGCUUCCGCGCAGGGGUCGCCUACGUCCCGCCGCCCGCCGGCAACCCGGCCUGGUUCCACCACAAGGCCGCCUACUACUGCGUCAAUUACACCGUCGAGGCCGUCGUCGUCUUCACCUAUGCCCUGAGCAGGUUCGAUCUGCGAUUCCAUGUGCCCGACGGCGCCGGCAAGACGCGCCACUACGCCAGCGGCGCCGAGGCGGAACAAGCUGGACGUGAGGCUGCCUGCGAGGAACGCCCGCGGACAGAGACGGACGACGACUACGACGACAAGCACCAUCCGGCACGAGGGGCUCUGCCGACGGGUGUCGGGGAGCCGCCGUUGAGCGCAUGA